AUGAAGAAGCUCGCCUGCUGCGGCUUCGUGCCGUAUCGAUGGAACGCGAAGAAGGCCGAGUCGGACACUCCCAAGACCGACCCUGUGCCGAGCUCGCGUCCUGUUUCUGCUUCCAAUGUGUCCCUCCCGGUGCCCCCCGGUCCCCAUCACUACCCCCCGGCCGCCCCGAUGAACAGAGCUAACACGGGCUCGUUUUCAUCGCGCGGCAAUGCCCGAACUCCCGACUCUUUUUUCGAUGGGGAUAUCAACCUUGCUGAAUACGCUGACGACGCGGAGGAUGACGACAACGGACCCAACCCGCGCGAUGGCCCUAUCGUCAGAUUGGUUCGACGUUUGUCCACAGACAACAAGAACGUCACUGGCUCGAACCCCCCGGCCAACCAAAACCCUGAGGCUCUUAAGGAACUUAAGAGAAGGAAGGCGGCGGAGGAUUAUCGGGCAUCAGUGAGGCUCCAAAACCAUGCGCGGAUUCAGGCCGAAAUUAGGAGCGAGAACAGCGGUUCUCGGUCUGUGUCUACGCGUGGAAGUAAGAGAGUCCGCGAGUUGGCAACAGUUAUGGAAGAUGCCAACGACCAGGGCGCCAACGAUCGGACAAGCAGCAUUACCAGUCACCACAGCCAGCAAUGGCGAAAGGGACUCGAGUUCUAUGUUGCUACUAGCGAAGGAGUUAGAGGCGUCGGAUAUCAGCCACCUAGAACUCCCCAACACCCGAUCACGAGGCCCCCUGCUGCGAGACUUAGGAACGACCACACCGGCAACAUCAGAGGUGACCGCCGUCGAGGCAGCUUCCCGAGACCCGACCUCGGUAGGGCCUCCGCGUCUCAGAUCGUGCUGCGCGAGCGCGGUUCACUGCCUGCUAUGCCCCCUCCUCCGGUCUUGACUGCCAGACAGACCCCCGACGGCCAGGAUGACGCUUCUUUCAGAAGCUGGAACCUUUCCCAGAACACCAUUCAGGGUGACAGCCAGGCCACAAUUUCCAACCGCACUGGAGAUGUCUCUACCGGAACCACACAGAACACCUCCAUUUCCGACAUCCAAGGCACUUCGCAGUCGAACACUCGUCGCGGUGAGCUCAGCCAAGGAAACAAGCAGGCAGCAUGCACCCCUGACAGUGUCACCGCUUCCAACUACUCUCGCGCUUCAGAGUCUUCGCAAUCUCAAGAAGGCGAGGCUUUGAAUAUCUGGCUGCUUACUCAGGACUCCCAAGAUACCUCAGCUCCCGCUAAUGAACAGCCUGCGAAGGGCGAGCCUGUGUCUCGCGAGACUGUUUGCAACGAAAACUUGCCCAACACUGACAAGGAGAACACCCACUCCCCGGUUUCCGCUGGCCUUCCUGCGUCUGGAACUUCUGGUGAACUCACAAUCAAGGCUUUCCCAAGAGAUGAAAGCUCCUCAACCGAUCUCGAGAGUGCCUUGGCCAUGAACUUGGAAAUGGAAGACGAGAUGGAUCGGAACACUCGCACGUCAGAGGAAAUGAGUGUUAGCGUUCAAGAGCCCGACCAGGAGCAAGUCUCCAAGCAGACUGCUGAGAACAACGAACACGAGCCCAAGGGUAAGGCGCUUCCCGCCCAGGAGGAUCCGAUCCGCCACGACAACAAUGAGGAGAAGGGCAAGAUCAUCGUUGCUACCAACUUGGAUUCCAUUCCUCAGUAUCAGUCUUCUUCUGUUUAUUCUUCGACGCAGAACACUCGUCAUCCUUCCCCCGUCGGCUCCAAGCAACCCAGCAGCGACGAAGAUGCGAGAUACAGCCUGGAAAGCUUCAAGGGGCUUGAGUUGUCCCCAUUCAGCGUCCCUAAAGACGCCCGCCAGGAGGGCUCCGACGAUACCUACCGCACGGCCGCAAGCAAACGUUCUGGAUCAGACCCAGUGAUUCCCCCCAUUGCAGUCAAGCAAAUUGUUUCGGGCAGCGUUGAGAAGUCCCAGAACAAGCUUGCUCCCGGAACAACUGCGCCUACUGCCACCAACAUCCACAGCCGGAAGUCGUCAUUCCUCAACCUUUUGCUUCAUCGCGCUGAGUCAAGCUCUAUUGGCCAUAGAAAGUCGAAGAGCCAGCCGUCCGCUAAGCUCGCCUCCCUGAACAAUUCGUCCGAGGCGCUGGAUAUUCCCAAGCGGCUCAGCCAUGCUAAGAAGCUCUCCAACUUGAGCAUCAGAUCCCAUAUGCAACCGAUCUCAGCUGCUGAUGAUUUCGCUGCCCCCCCGCUGAAGGAGAGUGCUACCGUUGUCUGGAAACGUGCCUUCGAGCUUGAGCACAAUCAACGCGACAAAUCUGUCGGACCGGCUAACUCUGAAACCACAAUUGUCAGUCCAGUCCCUGAUGAUGAUGCGGAUAAAGAUGUUGCAGUCAAGGACAACGGAGACAUAGACGGAGGCAACGUCGUAGUCACUGCAGGCACCCAAUUCGCAUCUCACACCCGUGAGGAGCGCAACGCCGCUGCUGGCUCUACCGACCUUGUCAAGCAGAAGGACUUCGCUCUGGCCAGCACGACCGAUCAGCAAGGCUGGGUUACAGACAAGAAGAUGGGCGCCAAUGGUGACAAGGACGAGGAAGCAGCUCACUCGCUCUCGAAGAAGUUUGGCAAGGCGAUGAAGACCGGUCUAACCAAGAUGGUGCAAUCCAAGCCGAAGGGCAAGUCCGCUGAGCUGGAGUAUCCCGAACUCGAGAUUAUGCCGACCAAGGGUGGAUACAAGGACGUCGAGGCCAUUCAGCGAAGCGUCGCGACGCUGAGCCCUAGGUUGCGGGCCAAGAUGGCCACUCAUCCGGCCCAAGCGCUCGCUGAUAUGGAGAACGAAUCGAGACAAUACGGGGGAGCCCACCACACUAGCGACGGCUCUGCUGACACCAUUGCUCUUAGAAACGACGUGAGCAAGGAUGUUGCUACAUCCGCCAAAGUUGCCUUGUCUAUUCGCCCGGUCACGCCUGCCAGCCUGGCCAUUGCCCCCAACGGUGAUUUGACGACCCCGACCACAACGGAUCAUUGGGCUACUCCAGCUAGCCGUUUGUCUUUCAGCUCUACCUCCCACACUGAGGAGGGAUACAUUUCGGCGGUGGAUGACACCGAGUCCAGUGGCAAAUUGUACGAAGCUGAAGUUCAACGCUUUGGUUUCUUCAUAUUUGGCCAGACUGAGAUUUGGCAAAAGGAUUGGUACCAGCCGAUACGAAAUGAGAGUGUGUUCCUGGUUGACGACAGUUUCAACCCUCGCACCAACGAUAAUGCCCAUCGAGGGCUCUUAAUGUCAUGA